AUGGAGCAGGCGAGCAAACAACCACUCAAGCGGGAUCUUGGACAUGUCAAGGCUCGACCUUGGGUUCGCCAAUUUGUGGAAGAGUAUCAGGACGGGAGACCAUGGGGUUACGCAAUCUUCGAGGACCCAGAGGUUGACCACGAAGAGAUGGAGAAUUGCAUGUGCAGGAUAGACCUACUGAUAGACACUGCCAGAGGCGCUGUGUUUGGUAGCAGUUAUGAGGACUGUCCACAUUUCCAGUGGGAAUGUCUGGAUUGGCCGGAAGAGGAAGAAGAGGAGGAUAAAAGUGGACACGGACAUGCAUCGGUGGUUGGUAGAGGGGACGGUGGCGGUAUCGUAGCUGCGGAAGAAAUGAAAGAUCAUGCGCAAGAUUACACUGAACCAUACGUGGACCGAGAUACAGAAGACGAAGACGAAGAGGACGAGAACGAGGCGGACGACGCCGACAUCGACAUGGUAAGAGAGCUACCCAAACUCCGUGCUCAUUUCAAAUGGGUCCGCGAUUACGCAAAGAAGCGAAUCAACGCCCACGAGUCCUCGAAUGUCGAUCGUAACGGCAUUCACAGCGGACUCCUCCAAAACGUGUUCCUAGUCAUUGACCAGGACGCGAUGGAUUCCAUCAUGGGAAACUCGCCCUUUGCUGAUCAAGCAUGGGUCUGGGCCAUCGAUCCUGACUACGUUGGUCAUGUCGCGUCGAUGACAAGGAAUGGCCUUACGGAUGAGUACUACGGGUACAUGCGCGUACGAUUGCAGCAAUUAGUCAACAAUUUUUGGGAUGCACGGCACUAUCAUGAACAUGAUCUGCCUUUACAGGUACUAUGGAAGGCUGCGAGGCAGAGUUAUAACCAUGCAUUUGUAUCGAUGGAUCCAGAGGAAGCGCAGCAGACUGUCCAUGAUAUGAACCUGGGCAGUGCUUUGCGUGCUGACAAGGUCGACCCACUUGUCACAGGCCUUGGAUGA